CCAUCGCCGAACAAAGCUCAACUGGUGUAAAUGAGAACACCUUCAAAUCAUAUAAAACACCCAAAAACCAAGCGGUAAGACAUCAUUCGAGUGCGAUCAUCUCACCAACUCAGUUCAGGUCCGAAACUCAGUGGAGCUUACGAACAUGAAGGCGUUUGUGGUGUUGUCGGUGGCCCUGGCCAUCGCAUCCUGUGCGGCAGUCGAGCAAGAAGCGCCCAAGAAGGACAAGCGAGGCCUGUGGGAGCUCGCGGAUAACCAUUACGGGUUUAAUGACUACGCGCAUCAUCACACCAAGGUGCAUCACCACACCAAGGAGAUCGUCACGAAGCACGUUGAUCGACCGUACCCGGUUGAGGUUGUGAAGAAGGUUCCGUAUCCAGUGCAUGUUGACCGUCCUUACCCAGUGGAAGUCGUCAAGAAGGUUCAUGUAGACCGUCCUGUCCCAUACCCAGUGGAAGUGAUCAAGAAGGUUCCAGUGGUUGUUGAAAAGAAGGUUCCGUAUCCAGUGGAAGUCAUCAAGCAUGUCGACCGACCUUACCCAGUUGAAGUGAUCAAGCAUGUUGACCGUCCUUAUCCAGUGGAGGUCGUCAAGAAGGUGCCAUAUCCAGUGGAAGUGAUCAAGCAUGUCGACCGACCUUACCCAGUUGAGGUUGUCAAGAAGGUUCACGUUGACCGUCCCGUCCCAUAUCCAGUGGAAGUCGUCAAGCAUGUUGACCGUCCUUACCCAGUUGAAGUGAUCAAGCAUGUUGACCGUCCUUACCCAGUUGAGGUCGUUAAGAAGGUUCCGGUCCAUGUUGACCGUCCCGUCCCUUAUCCAGUGGAGGUCGUCAAGAAGGUCCCAGUUGUUGUGGAGAAGAAGGUUCAUGUUGACCGUCCCGUUCCGUAUCCAGUGGAAGUGAUCAAGCAUGUUGACCGUCCCGUCCACGUUGACCGACCUGUCCCAUACCCAGUUGAGGUCGUGAAGAAGGUCCCAGUCCAUGUUGACCGCCCUGUCCCAUUCCCGAUUGAUCGUCCGUACCCCGUGGAGGUCGUCAAGAAGGUCCCGUACCCGGUUGUCCAGAAGGAGUUCGUCGAAGUGCCCAAGCCUUACGCAGUUCAUGUCGAGAAGCCCGUCCCAGUGCUCGUCGAGAAGAACCACCAUCACCACGUCGAGAAGCACUGGGAUCAGUACUGAGUGGUCUGAGUUUGUGAGAUCGAAUGAGUAAUAAAUGUUAAGUUUUGUACAGCAAUGAACAACAACUCGAAA